AUAUUCCGGUACUCAUAGCAUGUGUUGAUAAGUUCACUUGCAACUACUCUCUGUCCUGCAAGCGGUAAAGAGAGAGUGAGAGUAUGCAUCCUGAAGUGUAUGACGCUGCAAAGUCGGGAGACUUUGAUUCCCUAAUCACAACAAUUUCGGGAAACGGAGAGGACCUUUUCCACGGAACAACGCCAAAUGAGAACAACAUUCUCCACGUCGCGGCUCAACACAAGCAGGUAAAUUUGAUCAAACAUCUUCUUCAAUGUCCAUCAGGACCGUCCCUUCUUUGGCAGGGGAACUCCAAAGGAGAUACUCCCCUGCAUAUUGCAGCCACACUGGGAAGCUGCGAAGCGGUUCGAGUCUUCACCGAUCUGGCAAAGUCACUGCACUGGGCUGUCGAAAACGGACAUAUUGACGCGUGCAAUGAGCUGCUUCGAAAGCAGAAUUCGCACAUGGAUACUGCCCUGCACUGUGCAGUAAGAGGAGACCAUGAUUGGGUAGUGAAGUUGCUGGUUGAAGAAGCUCCUCAAUUGUGUGAUAUUACUAAUGCUGCUGAUGAGUCUCCGCUUUAUCUUGCAAUAUAUCGAGGACGUUUGGAUAUCAUUGAGGUGAUUUUAGGUGCUUCCUCGUUGUCAUCCUCUCAUAAAGGCCCUAGGGGAUUGACACCUCUGCACGUCGCAGUUAAGUGUCCACUGACAAUUUGGAGGAAAAUCCUGGAGAAGAGACCAGAAAUGAUCAGAGAAGGAGAUGAUAUAGGUUGGACUCCUCUGCAUUACGCCGCUUCCAUGGGCAAAGUUGAAGCAGUUCGACUGCUCCUGCAGCACGAUACUUCUGGGGCAUACGACUUGGACAAAGAUGGGCAGUCGGCUCUUCACAUUGCAGCGUGUCUAGGCUACCGCCAUGUCAUUGACGAGAUUGUUAGAUCAUGUCCUGAUGCUUGGGACAUAAGAAACCUCAAAGGGCAAACGGCUCUUCACGCAGCUGCAAUGGGUGGACGAGUAUUUGUAGUCAUGUACAUACUCCGGAGGCCAAACCUGGAGUAUCUUAUCAAGGAACAAGAUACCAAUGGAAAUACGGCUCUGCAUUUGGCUGCGCUUCAUAAAAAGUACAUCAUCAUAUACAGACUUGCACGAGACAAGAGGGUGGACCGUUUCGCCACAAAUAAGGAUCAUAUGACUGCCCUUGACAUUUUUUCGGUUCAUAAGGAGGUCGGUUACAGAGCUGCAAAAGUUAAACAUGUGUUGGAAGGAUCUGAUGGAAUGCCGGUUUUUCAAGACCGGGUUAUUGACUAUAAGAAGAGGUUUGACCAACAAUUUGUGGACGAUCAACCAACUUUCACAAGAAUGUCAAAGAAAAGCAUUAUCAAGCUUCAACUACUAGCAGCAGCGCUUAUAGCCACAGUGACUUUCGCUGCGGCUUUCACGAUGCCCGGGGGUUAUAACAAUGAUGGACCGAACCAAGGAUUGGCGGUUCUUGCUGGCAGGGCAACUUUCCAGGCCUUUGUGAUAGCUAACAGUACAGCAUUCGGUUUCUCAAGCCUGGCAUUAGUCUUACACUGCCUUACUGAUUUCAGGUUGGAUAGCCAUCAGGCGAGAUACACCCACAUGGCGGGACUUUGCAUUUGCAUCGCAGUACUCGGGAUGGUAUUGGCCUUUGGUUGUGGUACGUACGCAGUAUUGACCAGAACCAUCGGACUUGGAAUUUUUCCUUAUGUCCUGUGUGGAUGUCUCUUUAUCAUGUACUUUAUGGGUGGUUUCCUUGACCCCCACACUUCUGUCAUGAACCGAUGUUCUUCGACAAGACUUGUCCGAAACUUUCUGUUUGAUUGGGGGAUGUUCUAGGA